AAUUUACCAAACUUCAACCAAACUGUUGAAGAUGAAAAGAAGAGAAUAAAAAUCCUUGAAGAACGCUGUCUUCAAACUGGAGGACCAGGUGUAUGGGAAUUAUUAGGACCCGUAUUAACCAAAUACGUAGAUACUUUUAGAGAAAAAGAUGAAUAUGCAACCCAUGUAGACCCAAAAGUAAUAGAACCUGUUAAAAUAGUAUUAAAAGAAGGAGUAGAUGAAUCGAAAAUAUCGUGGAAUGUGAAAGCACAAAAGAAACGAAAGUACUCUCAAGAAGAAUUAGAAAUAAUCAGAAAAAUGAGAGACGACUUAUUAAAAAAUAGAAUAAUAUUUAGUGGAAAUACUGACUGGAGAAGUCCAUGUGUAGUAAUAGAAAAGAAGGAUGGAACAAAGAAAAUUGCAAUCGAUUAUAGAAUGUUAAACACCUUCUUGCUACCGCUAAGAGAACCGCUACCAGAUACAAAGCAAAUGUUACAGAAAAUAUCAAUGUACAAAUACUACAUAACAAUGGAUAUUAAAUCCGCAUACUGGCAAAUACUAGUACACGAAGAUUCACGAAAAUACACCGCAACAGAAUUUGCAGAUUUCGGAACAUAUUGUUGGAAAGGAAUGCCGUUUGGAAUACAAACUGCACCAGCGUACUUAAUAAGAGCAAUGAAUAAAAUACUAGGACAUUUACCAUUCGUAAUAGUAUAUAUGGAUGAUAUAGUAAUAAUGCUAAACUCAAAAGAAGAAGCAUGUGAAAAACUAACGAGGACGUUAGAAUGCUUAAAAAAAGCGCGCCUGAAGAUAAAGCCAUCAAAAUGCGAAUUCUUAGUACAGAAAACAAUUAUAUUAAACUGUGAAGUAUCACACGGAAAAAUUGGAAAGAAUGUACUGAAAAUAGGAAAUGUAGACAAAUUUGAGGUACCAAAAGAUAAACAAUCACUACAACGAUUUUUAGGAUUUAUGAACUACUUUAGAUCUUUUAUAUUAGACUUUGCAAAAAUUACAUCACCACUCUAUGAAAGAGUAGGAAAUAAAGACUUUGAAUGGACACCAGAAUGUCAAAAAGCAAUAGAAACAUUAAAAAGAGAAAUAAAACGA